CAUGAAUGAGAGCAGGUGAAGAGGGAGGAGGAGUCGGUGUGUUGGUGUGACUUUCCUGUUCGGAAUAAACUGCUGACAAAUGUCGUGGUGUGUCGCUCAUUCACACGCGGAUUUCUUCGUGAGUGCUGAAGGAUCAUCAUGAGACACGUAAUCAGCUUGCUGAUCUUAUGGACCUGGACCUGGAGCUCGAGCUGGAGCCAAAUGGAGCAAUAUGCUGUGUGCUUAGGUGGUGCAGGGUAUACACUCAAUGGCAUCUGCUGCCUUAACUGUCCAGCUGGUACUUUUGUCAAAGAGGCAUGCAAUAAAGACACUGAGAAAAGUGUGUGUCAUCAGUGUGAAUCUGACACCUACACUGAGCAUGACAAUGGGAUUUCCAGUUGUUUGAAGUGCACCAAAUGUCGCCCAGAUCAGGAGCUUGUGGAGCCGUGCAAUAGCACCAGAAACACGCGCUGCGAGUGUAAAGUGGGAUCCUUCUGUCUGCCGGAUCAAGCCUGCGAGGUCUGCAAGACAUGCAGGAAAUGUAAAGAAGAUGAAGAGAUGGUGCAGAGCUGCACAGCCCACUCAAACACUGUCUGCCAAAAAAAAGGCUCCAUCUCUGCUAGCACAUCGACAGUGGCAAUCAUCUCAUUUGUGGCCGUCAUCAUGAUAAUUGUGAUCAUCGGGUGUAUCCUGUACUGGAGACCAUUAGCAAGAUGUAAGAAAGCAGUGGCAUCGAGAUGGCCGAGAGGAAUGUGUAAAAUGUGCAUAGAAAGUGGCAGUGAUUUGGUGGAGGUGAAGCAGACCGGAAAGAAUGGAUCAUUGGAGGAUGGAGCACAAAGUCAGCCCUUCAUCACUUUAACUCAGAUGGUGGGUGAAGGCACAGUGGAGGACGAAGGGCUCGGCAAAAGCCUCUCCUCCACCACGGCUUCGUCCCAGUCCAGCCUGACUGUGUGUCCACUGACAAGCGAGCCUGGCCUCAGCCACUUAAUGCUUCAGCAGCUUAACACUCUGCAGGAAAACCAAAAACCUCGCAGACUCGUUCCUGUAAACGGAGAUGACUCUCUGAGGAAGAGCUUUGACCUGUUUGGAGAGAUCGACGUUAACUUCCACAAGCGCUUCUUCAGGCUUCUCGGUCUGAAUGACAAUGCCAUAAGGUCUGCCGAGAUGACUUGGUGUUCACCUGAGGACAGGGUGUACGAGCUGCUGAAGAUCUGGAUGGAGAAAGAAGGCAUGAAGGCAGAUUUUAACAGGCUCAUUACAGACCUGCACAGCCUGAACCAGAGACUGUCUGCAGAAAAUAUCACUGCAAAAGCCAUCGAAUUCGGCUACUUCAGAUAUGAAGAUGAUUGAAAACAAGCACCAAAUCUACUGCAUUGAUGAAUUAUUUAUGGACUAUGUAAAUAUUAUUUGUAUGUUUUUUUUUGUCUACUCAACCACUUUGGGGGGGUUUGUACAUGUGCGUGCUAUUUAUUAUUUUUGCACUAAAUCUAAUUAUAUUUAUAUUUGAAUGUAUUGGAUUUUUUUGACUUUAUAUAAUGUGAAGUGCUGAUUGUUUUAUAUUCUCCAUUCCAUAUGCUACAUUUCUGUUACUUAAUAUUAAAAUGUCUUAUUUGCUA